UGAAUACAAUAGUACGUUUCAUAUUAAUGAAUAUAAAUGUAUCGUGUUUGCUAGAAAAUGCUAUAUAUUCAUUAGGAAGACUGUGUUAUUUAUUUGCGUAUAAAUGUGCCCAGUAGGAAAUACUAUUUAUUGAACUUAUAUUAAGGACGGAUUAACUAUUUUAGGCAAGGGUAUUCGUUUAAUGUGUAUUAGAAGGACUUUAAAUCCGACUGUCGUGUGCGAGUUAAAGGGCCGGUUUGGUGAAGGACUCGAUUUCCCAUAAUGCCCUGCGCUGAUGUCUCUAUCCUCUCAGCUGUUAAAACAGUAGGUAAACAAACUGAGGGAGGAGAAAAGAGCGCAAGCACCAGGGACUUCGCUGGCUGGGCUCUCGGGGACUCUUUUGUACCUGUUUCUAAUAAUUUUAUACACUUUAUACUCGACUGUUUUCCUAAAGCACUUUUACUACUUUAAUAUUUAGGCGUCGGAUGUUUAUUUGUGUUUUAUUUCCGGUAAACCAGCUUGUUAACAGUGAAGGAAAUAGCUCGAGUCGACGGUUCAGCAAAUAGAAACAAGAAUACAAAGUGAAUAUUCGAAGGAUUUUUCAAUGCUUGGUUUUGCUACGCGACAGCUGUCAUCGUGAUCACAUCAGGAAAAAAACAUCCCUAGAUUUAUUCAAACGAUGACUGCUGUGCUGAAUAUACAGACGUUACUGGAAGCAGCCGAAUAUAUAGAAAGGAGAGAAAGAGAGUGUGAACACGGAUAUGCCUCGACCUUUCCGUCUAUUCAGCACUCCAGCAGCUACCAGAGACAAAGGAAAUUCCGAAAUAAAAAGUGCAACAAUAACCACAACAGGUCCACACACAAUGAGCUGGAGAAAAAUCGGCGAGCCCACCUCCGUUUGUGCCUGGAGAGAUUGAAGUCCCUCAUCCCGCUGGGACCAGACUGCAGCCGUCACACCACUCUGGGACUCCUCAACAAGGCCAAAUCACACAUAAAGAAACUGGAGGAAGCGGAGCGCAAGUCGGCGUACCAGUUGGAUAAUUUAGAGCGAGAGCAGCGCCACCUCCAGAGGCGCCUGGACCUGCUGCGGGGCGGUGGGGGCGUGCUGGAGGGCGAGAGGGUACGCACUGACAGCGUGGGCUCGACCCUCUGCUCCGAGAGAUCCGACCGCUCCGACUCAGACCAGGAAGAGAUGGAGGUGGACGUGGAGAGCACAGAGUUCUCUAAUGGAGAGCUGGACAGCAUCAGCACCGCCAGCACCAGCGAUCUGGACGACCACAGCAGUCUACAGAGCACUGCCAGCGACGAGGGCUACUCCUCCUGCAGCAUCAAACUGGCCUUCAGCUCAUAAAACCAGCUCCCCUUUACACACUCACACACACGCACACACACACUAUCCCAGCCCUUCAAAUGAGUCCCUUUCCCUCCUCAACCAAUCAGAGACUUUUAAGUCAGGUGACCAGAACACCACCCGCCCUUUAGAAUGCCUGAUUUACUGUUUUAAGUUUGUGAAUGUAUCUGAGAAUAUGAAUGAGAUGGAAACAAUCUGUGAUUGUGUUUUAAUUGGGUUAUUAGAUGGUUUUAUCCCUGACUAAGAGAUUUUUCUGAUAAUUGUCACUAUCUAAAUCCCCUUUUUCCGAAAGGAAAGCUAAGAUGUAUAUAAAAAAAAGUAGAUGUUAAUUUUUAAUUCAAACCCCUGAUUGUUAACUCCGGGUUGUGAACUGGUCACUAGGGAAACUAUUCAACUAAACUAUCCAUCCAAAUUGGACCACCUGUGAAGCGAAACUCCAUAUCAACACAAGAAGUCCCCAACCUGUUGAUUUCCCUUUUCACCCGAUCUAAUGGUUCUAACGUCGCUGCUCUACGGCGACGAGGACUGUCAUUGGUGCUACGUGACAAAACCAAUAAAGCAGAAAGAUCUACUGCAUUCAUCAAAGACAGCGGCAGACAACUAUCCCAUGGCUGUGGGAAAUUUCUGGUGCAUUUAAACCGUGGAACCACUUUCCAGGCUGCAGCUAAAACCCAGCGAUCUUGCACUCGACUGCAUAGAGCCCUCCGUAGAACUGGCGCCAUGUCAGAGAAAUAUCCACCCCUGUGUUUAACUAGAUGUCUCUCCUGGCAGAAAUAAGCAAUAAACUCUUGUAGUCGGAUCAACACAUUAGCACUCCUACUCUUGAGACACAACGCUUGUGUCCGUCCAAAAGAGCAACGCCAACUUGCUCGUUUUUUUUGUACAUAAAUACGAUAGUUUAAUAAAUUAAAGUUAAAAUUGAAAAAUUGUUGAAAAAAAAAAAGGUAGUUACCCAUGGGUAGAAAUUGCCUCUGUUGCUGUAUGUCUUGUGUUAUGUGCAUUUUAAAUUAUAUUUUUGCAAAGAUUGACUAUCUUCCUCCUGAGAGUCUUUUGUGGUGGCAUGGACAGUAUUAUUUGUUCAUUAUGCUGGAUGAAACGCAAGUAGUUUCAAUUCUGUGGCUGCCCAAGGAAUUUUACGACUUUCUUUAAAACUAAACGACAACACGCUGAAGUACUUAAAAUUGGACAUCACACACAAGAACGAGUGAGCGCAGGCAGUGUGGACCUCUGUAGAAGUAUGCUAACUCUGAGUGGCGCUAAAUAUUUAUCGUUUUGAAGCUGAAAGGCAUUCCAAUACUAGUAUCGUGUGCUGUGGAUGUGGAGUGAGCGGUGCGUCAAAGGGUGCUUUCACACUGGCGGUUUAGUUCGAAACGGGACACGGUUCGUGUAAAAUCGGUGCUGUGAAAGCUGUCGUUCGGACCCCUGAACGCACCGGGGUGCUGAACCCAAGAGGUGCACUGGAACUGUGGUGCGAUUCGGGUGAAUGUGAAAGCCACUCAGACUCAAAGCAAAGUAACCUG